UUACAGUUAGUUGUCGAAAAAAAAAGACAUUUCCACGUUGUUUUCAAUCACUUUCCAUGGCUGGAAAAGGAUUCAUUUUGAAGUCCUUGUUGCGCACCCGCUCACAAAACUUCCAAAGAAUAUGUCUCCGUACAUUUCUUACCGAUGCCUACAAAUGUGAUGCUGAAUGGAAGGGUAGACUAAACAAUCCAUUGCUUGAAAAAUUAAAAAGUGAAAAUUUCUAUGGGGAGUUGUUAAAAAAAUUCCAGAAUGAUGGCAAAGCCAGUCCCAUUGAUGUUGAUUUGUUCUCCACUUUUGUCUUGAAUGAACUUCAUCUUGAAGAUUUAGAAACUGUAACCAAAAAAUUCAGAAGGUGUCCCAACACUGUUCAUGCCCUGCCAUCCACCAGCCAUUCAGUGAUCAGAACAUAUUUCGAAUUCAAGAACACAGACACCUUGAUGAGGAUGGUUGAUGAUCGUCUGAAUUAUGGGUUAUUUCUAGAUUACUAUCUGAGCAAUUUGCUGAUGGAUUCAUUCCUCAAGGAAGAUAAUUUCCGUGAUGCUGCCAAAAUUGCAAUUCAGCUGAUGCUGCAGGAAGAAUUUGACCACCCUAUUGCAAGCCACCUUGCCUUGUACUCUUGUUAUGGAUAUCUUAACAAACAGCAACCAGAACCUUGGGAUCCACAACCUAAACCUAAACCAGCAGAACCUGUAGAACAAGUCAAAGUUCGAGUGGACUACAUCCGUGAACCUUUCUUCGACGACCAUUUUGAUCUUACGCAGCCUCACCACCUCAUCGGCAAAACAUUAGUUGGAUUCGGAAAGCACUUGUUACGACAAUCGCCAGAUUCAGUUGCUUAUACGUCUCUUUUGUUGGGAUGGACACUCUUUGAAAAACAUGACAAGGUCAUCGAGACACUUGAUACUAUUCUGGGAUCAUCAUCGAAGCCUUAUUUAUUUAAAGAAGGAUUGGAUCGAUGUAAGAAGACAGUUCACGAGUGGUCAAACCCACCAGAGGGAUUUCUGGAUAACUACAAUUCCCGCAUCCAUCAGCUAGAAGUCGGGGGUUUCGUCGUUCAUGAUAAUGUUAGUGACAUAUUGAGGCAGCGGAUCAACGAAGCUGUCAGCAAACAUGAGAACGACGAUAUUCAGCAUCAAAAAGAACGUUAUAGGUUGUGGGAGCGGCAAAGGGAAGAAGAAAUCCAAAGACAAGCCCAGGCUAUUGAACGCCGAAAACGCCUGGCUAUUCUGGAAGCUAAGAAAAAGGAUUUAAAAGAAAAAGAAGAGCAGCUUUAUUUCUUCGACAAUCUCGAUGAAUGGGAGUUGCGACACGAGGAAAAACUGUUACAGAAAGAAAUGCUUCUAAAGGAAGAAGAGAGUCGAGGCAGGAAAGUCAGUGCCAAAUUGCAGCGUCAAGCAGAAGAAGAUGCAUACUACCCACCAGAAAUAACAGCAGUUAGAAAGCAAAAAUAGGAAAUAAGUUCACAUGUCUUAAUCUCACCUCAAGUCGUUAUUCGAAAUAAUAGUCAUUGACUGUAAUAACAACUCAGUCUGAUAAAUAAAGAUUCAUGUCUUUGAUUUGUAUAAGUCAA